UGUUCUGUGCUUCACCACUCGGCAAUGGCUCUUUGGUGCUCGAAAUUCUUUUUUGCUGCUCUUUCUGAAAUUCUUUUCUCAGCUCAACAUUGUGUUUCCACAAAAGCUCUUCGCUCCCGCUCAAUGGCACUCACUUUGGAAAUUUUAUUCGUUGUCUUCCUCCUUAACAAUGUCGCCGGAGCAGAAUAUUUCGCCGGAGACGAGACACGGGAGGAUGAUGAUAAAGUGACAAAUUUGCCCGGACAACCACCGGUGAAUUUUAGUCACUAUGCUGGUUAUGUGAAGUUAAGACCAGAAGAAGAGAAAGCACUAUUUUACUGGUUCUUUGAAGCUCAAGAGUCUCCAUCGGAUAAACCUCUUGUGCUUUGGCUUAGUGGAGGACCUGGUUGUUCAUCUGUUGCUUUUGGAGCAGCACAAGAGAUUGGUCCAUUUCAUGUAGAUGACCCUGAGCAUAUUACCUUCAACAAAUUCUCCUGGAAUAGAGUCGCCAACGUCAUAUUCUUGGAAUCACCUAUUAGUGUGGGUUUUUCUUACACUAAUAAUUCCGAUGACUUAAGCAAGAUCGGAGAUCAAGUGGUUGCCCUUGAUAACUAUGCUUUUUUAGUUGGUUGGUUUAAGAGAUUUCCAAGAUUCAUAUCCCAUGAAUUUUAUAUCAUAGGAGAGAGCUAUGGAGGACAUUAUGCUCCACAACUAGCUGAGGUUAUACAUGAAGGAAACAAAAAUGGCACUUACAUAAAUCUUAAGGGAUUCAUGAUGGGAAAUGCUGUGAUCAACGAUGUCACAGAUCUGAAAGGCGUAUUUGAUUUUGCUUUGUGCCAUGCCAUAAUUUCAAAGCAAGUAUAUGAUGGCAUAAGAGAGAAUUGCGAUUUCAUGGCAAAAAACAACACAAAGGAAUGUAGUUGGAAAGUGGGCAAAUUUUUGCAGGCCUAUUCUGACAUAAAUAUAUUUAGUAUUUACUCUCCCGUCUGUCUCAUUGACUAUGAAAGACCAGUUUCAAGUAUGCUUGAUGUUGCUCCGUAUGCUGUCUCAGAAAUUGACCUCCAGAAUAUGAUUCCAACAAUGGGUUACGAUCCUUGUAAAGUUAAUGAUGUGGAAAAGUAUUUCAAUAAGAAGGAUGUUCAGAAGGCCAUUCAUGCAUACUUCCCUAACAUGUCUGAUCCCUACACCCUAUGCAGCACUAAAAUUAAAAAAUGGAAUGAUUCACCGAUCACAGUUCUCCCAGUGAUUCAGAAACUCUUGCGUGCCGGUUUACGCAUUUGGAUGUACAGUGGAGACACUGAUGGUAGAAUUCCAGUGUUAUCAACGAGAUACGGUUUGCGAGAGCUGAAACUGAAUGUAACGAAAGAGUGGAGAGCUUGGUUUGAAGGAAGAGAAGUGGGAGGAUGGGUGGAGGAGUACGAGGGUGGUCUCACUUUUGCCUCUAUUAGAGGUACUGGCCACUUCGUUCCAAUUUAUAAACCACAAGAAGCUCUUUCUCUCUUCUCCCACUUCCUCUCUGCUCAACCACUUCCAUCGUCUCGCUUUUGAUUCAUUCCACCGUCUUUAUCCUUUUACAUUUACUCAUAUUCAAGAGAAAUUAUCAUCAUCACAGUCCUAAUUUAUGGAAUAUA